GAAGCUUGUGAGUGUUAAUAGAAGCUGAGCUUCGAGGUUGCACGUGUGAAUCGGUUCCUUUUGCCGUGUUGGUCCCUUUCCGCGAUGGUGAUGGAGGAAGUCUCGAUGCUGGAGUGUUCGGGCUUGGCGCGGCUGCUGCGGGACCCGGCGGAGAGCGGGCGGACGCUGGUGCUGGACUGCCGGCCCUUCCUGGCCUUCUGCCAAGCCCACGUCCGGGACUCGAGGCCCGUGCACUGGAACGGGUUACUCCGGCGCCGCUCCCGAGGAAGAAGCAACGCAGGAACAGGGGGUUUGGUGGGUCUGGAAGGGCUGCUGCCGGACCGGGCGCUGCUGGGGCGCCUGCGGAGGGGGGAAGUGGCCCACCUGGUGGCCCUGGACCAGGGCAGCCCCGCCCUCGACGCCCUCCGCCCGGACUCCCCCGCCAGGAGCCUCCUCGCCGCCCUCCUCGCCGAGGAACCCGGGCGCGGACCCCCACGGACACAGCUCUACCUCCUCCGAGGUGGGUUUGAAAACUUCCAAGCAAAUUUCCCCGAAUUGUGCUUUGUGGCCCCUACACCGCUGGCGACGAUGGAAGUGCCUCCUUCUCCUUCUCCGCUUCUGCCGAGUCCUGAAGGCAGCGCCAACACCCCCUCCUACGACCAGGGUGGUCCAGUGGAGAUCUUGCCCUUCCUCUUCUUGGGCAGCUCCUUCCACUCCUCCAACCGGGAGGUGCUGCAAUCCCUGGGCAUCACGGCCGUCCUCAACGUCUCCUCCAGCUGCCCCAAUUACUUUGAGGAGCAAUUCCAGUACAAGAGCAUCCCUGUGGAAGACAACCACAUGGCCGAGAUCAGCGCCUGGUUCCAGGAGGCCAUCAACUUCAUCGAUUCGGUGAAGAGCAAUGGAGGGCGGGUGCUGGUCCACUGCCAGGCGGGCAUCUCCCGCUCGGCCACCAUCUGCCUGGCUUACUUGAUCCAGAGCCGCCGAGUCCGGCUGGAGGAGGCCUUCGACUUCGUCAAGCAGCGCCGAGGGGUCAUCUCCCCCAACUUCAGCUUCAUGGGGCAACUCCUCCAGUUUGAGACGGAAGUCCUGUGCCACUAGGCUGCCAUUGACGCCAACGACUCUUCCAAACACAGAGACUCGGACAGUGUGCCUGUUUACAAUAGAAACCAAUUGAUGACGUUGGAAAUUCUGGAAGGUCCACGUCAGGCAUGGGCCUACUUGGGCUCACCCACCCUCCAGGUGUUUUGGACUACAACUCCCACAAUUC